AGAUGCGAUUGCUCUGAGCUAGACAACUAAAAAGCAAUAUUUUUCAUAGACAAACAACUAACUACUCUAUUAAUAUGUCCCGCGAAAGUGACGAUUUAUUUGACUGUAUUGUGAUGGCUGACGACAGGUUCCAUGUAGAGGGUUACCGCGAAGGGUUCAAUGAAGGCACGCGGCAAGGAAUGAUUGAUGGUCGUAAACAUGGGGCAUCACAUGGCGCCAAGCUUUCCAUGGAGGUUUCCUUCUAUUAUGGAUUUGGAAUCACUUGGAAAUGCCUCCUUCAGAACAACGUUGAUGCGAAAGCCAGAAAAAGACUGAAAGCUUUAGAAUCUCUACUUGGGUUGAUUCAGAAGUUUCCUCAUAAAGAUCCUCAAUUUGAAAAUCUCCAGGAAGACAUGGAGAAGGUUCGAGCCAAGUUUAGACAGGUCUGCUCUCUGUUAAAUGUGCCGACAGACUUUAGUGAUUAUGUAAAGUCAGGGGGUUCUGGAGGGAUGUCCUUCUGAAGGGUACAUGUGGCCCUGAUGUCGAAGACUGGGAGGUCUGAACAGGGUUCUUCUAAUGUAGUCUUUCCGUUCGAAGCAACACUGCUUUUUGGCGGAGGAACAACCUGGAUGUGGGCCUGAUAAAUAGGUCUAAAGUCAAUCUGUGGCGUAUGGCAAAGGUCACAGACUUUUGAAGGUGAAGCGUAGAGUCUUGCUGUUUUCGAAUAACAAAGGUAGGGAUAUCAGCUGUUGAGACUUCAGUGUUGUUGAUGUGUGUGGUGCCAAUGGGAACAUGGUGACCUGAAUGGUGCUCAUCGGCCUAGCAGUGGAUCAGUUGGACUUGAGGGUUCUGUUGCUUGUUUCAAAUGGCAACUCUGACAGUGCUGUGAACACACAAAAACUGCUGGCUGGUGUUGUGGUGAUAAAUUAAAAAAAGAUACUUUAAUUUAAGCCCCCCCCCAUGUAGAAAUUGUAAAAGGUGACAAGGGAAAUGUGUAAAUUCGACAAUUUAAAUGGAAGGGAGAAAAAAACAUCCUCUAGCUCACUUGGUAAUAGCAUGGAGCUUGUAACACAUGGUAUGGUAUGCACAUGGAGCUUGUAACACAUGGUAUGGUAUGCACAUGGAGCUUGUAACACAUGGUAUGGUAUGCACAUGUCACUGUGGAUAAGUGUCUGCUCAAUUACUCAGUUUUUCACAAAUGCUGAUGCACAUUUCCUGAAUGUUUUCUGCAUUUUCUCAAAACAAUAAACACACUUUUC